AUGUAUCUCCUCAUUGUCCUGCAGGUCACCAUCAUGAUGCCCCCUCAAGUCCUCAUUUCAGGCCUCCUACUCCUCUCAGCUGCUGUGGAGUCUUUCCCAGAAGUGCAUGGAGUGGUGGGACACUCGGUCACACUCCCAUGUAUAUAUCCAGUAUCUACUAGAAGAUUCUACAUGUGUUGGGGCCGAGGGCCAUGUAAUUAUAAUACAUGUGGAGAAAGAAUUAUUGCAACUGAUGGAUACCAAAUCCAGUAUCGGGCAAGCAAUCGCUACCAGCUAAAGGGGCAGCUUCUUCAAGGCAUUGGGUCCUUGACAAUACUGAAUCUCACUGUGAGUGACAGCGGUCACUAUUGCUGUGGAUUGCAAAUGAAGGGAUGGUAUGGGAUUGUAGAGAUAAUGACCAGCUUACUCCUUGUUCAACCAGAAAUUCCCACAAAUCCCCCAACAAGACCCACAACUACAGGAAGACCCACAACUCCAGGAAGACCCAUGACUAUUUCAACAAGAUUCACACAUGUAUCAACAUCAACCAGAAUCUCUACUUCUACUCCUCCGACACCAGCACACAUGCAGACUCACAAACCAGACUGGAAUAACACUGUGACAUCCUCAGAUGACACUUGGAAUAAUAGCACUGAAGUAAUCCCUUCAUGGAAGCCACAGAAAACCCUGACUAAGGGCUUCUAUGUCGGCAUCUCCAUCGCAGCCUUGCUGCUGCUGCUGCUUGUGAGCACUGUGGUUAUCACCAGGUUCAUAAUUAUGAAAAAGAAGUCGGGCUCUCUGAGCUUCUCUGUGUCUAAGAGCAGACCUUUGCCGAACAUAAAAGUGGUCGUGAAGUCCAAAGAUGAAGACAAGUUCUACAUUAUUGAAGACACUCCUAACCCGGAAGAACAGUCCCAAUGGCCCUCUGAGGGGCCUUCUGCCUGA